CACAAUCUGGGCCCUCACUCAGCAGCAGACAUGGAUUGCGGAAUUCUAACAUCUAAAACCGUUCUUUUAUUUCUCAGUUUAACAUUUUGGGCUGCUGGAGCGGCCCUCGCGUAUGUUGGCUCUUAUGUGAUAAAGAGCUACAACAACUUUGAAGACUUUGUGUCUGAUAAGUACUCUGUCAUCCCAGCAGCCAUUAUAAUCGGUGUGGCUGUGGUCAUGUUUGUCAUCGGGAUCGUUGGCUGCUGUGCAACUCUGAGGGAGUCCAAAGUCGGUUUAGGCUUUUUUCUUAUCAUCAUCAUGAUAAUCUUCGCAGCUGAGGUGACCGCUUUUGUGUUUGGCUUCAUCUACAGGGGAAGAAUUAAGGGUGACCUAGAAAAGUCAAUGAACGGCGUCUUUCAAAAGUAUGACGGUGUGAACACUGAAGCCCAUGCAGUGGAUUACUUGCAAUCUCAAUUGGAGUGCUGUGGGGUGAAUAACAUCACAGACUGGACUGCAAUACCAUGGUAUGGCCAGCAUAACAACUCUGUGCCACAUUCCUGCUGCAAAGCAAAUGCUACACAAUGCACUGGCCAACUCACCCGACUAGAUCUUCUGAACACACAGGGAUGUGAAGCUAAACUGGAGCAGAUGCUUCAGGAUGUGCUUAGUUAUGCAAUGUUGGUCAUCCUGGGAUUUGCCAUCAUUAAGCUGUUUGGGAUGCUCAGCAUCUGUGUCAUUACCUGCAGAAGCAAGAAGAAAGACUAUCAGCCUCUGUACGCGUGAUAGUAAAAUCUCCUGAAUCCCUCUCUUGGGACAGUCUCUACAUUCUCGAUACUGUGCAGCUAAACACAGCCUCACUGGCAAUAUAAACAUCAUAGGUGUGGCAGUAUUCCAAACAUUUAGCCUUUUGGUUUGAAUUUGAAAGUGCAACUUGAACUUGAAGCAAUGCUGACAGGAACCACACAAGUGUGUGGUCAGAAAAACACUGAACAUUAUCAAAUGAUCAAAGAGGUGUCUGUAAACCAUGUGACAUUCUUAGUUUUCACUAUUAACGUUUUCCUGCCUAACAGGUU